AUGGGUUGGUUCGAUGACAAAAUCCAUGAAGUUUUUUAUGAAGUUGGAGUGAAAGUUCACAGAUUCCGCCACUACUUCCUACUCCUCUCUUUCGCCAUCCUCACCUUCUGUUCAUUUGGAUUUCUUUGGUUUACAGAACAGACAACAAAUGAUCCACAAUACGUGUUCUCCCCUGCAAACGCACCGUGGCGGUAUGAAAGAGCAGUGCUCACCGAGCACUGGCCUCUGGACGAGGAGAAAUUCUGGCCGGGAAAAAGUUAUGACUUGCAUGGAUACGUAGAUGUGAUAGCGUCUGGAAAAGUGCAUCCAGACUUUGGGAGACCCAAUAUUCUGAAUAUUCGAUAUUUGGAUGAAGUGGCAAGGAUUAAUGAUUAUAUCGUACAUAAUUUAACAGUGCCGGUGGAUAUCAAUGGAAAACAUUAUGAUAUCGCCUACACGGAUCUCUGCAUGCGCUACGACUGGGCGUGCUUCCUCAACGACCACAUCACAAUGCUAAUGCCUAAAACUCGUUGGGGUAACUUCUCCGGUCCAUUUGCCGAGUUUGCAUCCGACAUCAUCAAUACCCAAGUGAACAUCACCUACCCAAUCGGCUGGCGGGGAACUGAGCCAAUUUAUUUCGGCGCUCUAGUAGGUGCACCAAAUUUGGUAGACGAUGACGGCCACUUUGAUUUCGCCACUGCCAUCCGAUUGACAUAUAAUACAAGGGAAGGAAAAGUGGAUGAGUAUGGAAUAGAGUGGCGGAGAAAACUAGCGAAAUGGCUAACGGAUAAGGAGAACCCGGUGUCAGAGCUCCUCGAGUUUGGAGUCAAUCACAAUAUGACUCUCCCUGAAGGUCUUCAAGAUGUCGCAGACACCCUCGCCCCGAAAUUCGUAGGCACCUGUGCUAUUCUCUUCACAUUCUCCUUCCUCGUGUCUGUAGUUUUACGGAGACAUAGUGCCGGGCAAGUAAUGAUCGACUGGGUUAGAAGUAAGCCUAUCGUCGCAGCCGCUGGUCUGAUGACUCCAGUGAUGGCUACUGUAACAUCAUUCGGGUUGAUUCUAUGGUGCGGUUGUCUUUAUAAUGCAAUCGUCAAUGUCUCUCCAUUCCUGAUUUUGUGCAUUGGUAUCGAUGAUUUAUUCAUCAUGUCUGCAGAAUGGCACAGGACGAAUCCAAAGGAUUCAGCGGAGAAGAGAAUCGGACACACGCUGUCAGAAGCAGCGGUGGCGAUAUCAAUCACCUCUAUCACGGAUAUAACCACCUUCGCUGUUGGAUGCUACACAACGCUACCCGGUGUCCAAAUGUUCUGUAUGUACACGGCGGUCCAAUGUUUCUUCUGCUACGUCUAUCAAAUUAUAUUCCUUGGUCCAGUCCUGGCAUACGCCGCCGAAAUGGAGCAGAACGAUCAGCAUGCUCUGCUAUUCCGGAAGGCGGUGGACCCGGAGAAGACGAAUAGCAAAUUGAAAUUAUGGUUGUUGUCAGGGUCGGUAAAUCGGCAGGUGGUUAGGAAGCGAGUUAGUAAGAAGGUGACGCCGGUGGAGGAGGAGGGAAGCGAGAAGAAAUCAAAGUUAGGAGAGAUGGUGGCGAAGUUGGAGCAUACUUUGGAGCAACAUGAUGAGGACCCUGGACACAACGCUGAGGAGACAUUAGUCAGUAAGAUCUUCAGGGAGAUCAUUGGUCCGUUCAUUUUGCAGAGGAGUACCCAGAUCUGCGCUCUGCUCCUCUACCUUGUCUACAUCUCCCUGGCUAUCGGAGGCUGCUUGAACAUCAAAGAAGGACUCGACCCGAAACUCCUUGUUCGUGAGAGUUUCUACCUCUCCAAAUUCUACGAAAUCAUCGAUGAAACCUUCUGGCGAGAAGGUCUCCAGAUGCAAGUCGUCGUCAACAACCCACCGGAUCUUUUCAACCCGGACACCCGAAAAGGGUUCGAUGAGAUGAUGGCAGAUUUCGAGGGCACCCAAUAUACAAUGAAUCCAAAUGCCACAAUGAUUUGGCUCAGAGCUUAUGAGACUCAUCUGGAAACCGAAGUGCACGAGUUGAACAUCCAGAAGCCAAAUAGCUCGGAGGACUGGUACAGGCGGUGUCGGGACUGGUUGAUAGUAGCCGGUGGGCGGAGACUAUGGCAGAUGGAUAUGGUUUGGGCGAACACAAGUUUCGAGGAGACACCGAAGAUCACGGCGUUCCGAUUCCAGCUGGGACUCCGUAACUACCGUACCCCCACCGAUCACACGCAUAGUUGUAAACUGAUGCGAGCGAUAGCGGAGAAGCAUUCGAAGUUCAAUGUGACAACGUUCCAUGAGUACUACCCGUUUGCGGAUCAGUACUUGGAGUUGACACCUUCGCUAUUUCAAAACAUGUUUAUGGAUCUAGGAACCAUCCUUCUCGUCUCAAUGGUCAUGAUUCCUGAAUGGCGUUGCGCCGUUGCUAUCGUCCUAUCGAUCGCCAGUAUCAAUGUAGGCGUGUUGGGAUUCAUGUCCUUCUGGGGUGUCAAUUUGGAUAGUGUCUCCAUUAUCACAGUAAUCAUGUGCAUUGGGUUCGCCGUCGACUUGAGUGCCCAUAUCGCGUACGCCUUCUCCCAAAGUUACGGUAACUCGCACACCAGAGCUGUCGCCGCUUUGGAGACACUCGGUUGGCCGGUCUUCCUUGGCGCUUCCUCGACUGUGCUCGGAAUUUUGUUGCUGACACUGGUAGACUCGUAUAUCGUGCAAAUCUUCUUUAAGACAGUGUUCCUUGUUAUUAACUUCUCGAUUUUGCACGGUCUUAUAUUCCUGCCCAUUUUGUUGAUGAAGUUUGUCAGUGGUGUGAGGACUCGAGACGGAGAGGAGGACAAUAAAAAGAACGCGCUGGAAAUGGAGGCUCAAGUCGCUGCAUGA